AUCUAUUAUGCGCUCAAAAUACACGUAAAACAGAUCCAGAUACCAAAAAACAUUUAAACAAAAAAAUGUUCUUAUUUUUCUACAAUCUAUUUCGGUAUAGAAUCUCUGUAAUGGAAAACCUGAAAAAAUUAACCAAUUUGCCAUUUGAGGUCCUCGAUCUAGUCUUUUCGGAACUAAGUCUACAAAAAAAACUGGAGUUGGCUCAGGCUCAUGAAUAUCUGGGAAAUGCGUUUUCCUAUCACAGUCGAGAGAAUUACAAGAGCUUGAAAGAUCUUUUUGAAUUGUACUCCAGCUUGCCCACCGAAUUGUGGAAGGUUCUAUUGAAGUAUUGCGGUUCUAGCGUGAAGGAAUUGACCUGGAACGACGACUUGGCACUGGCAAUUCAGCAGUACUGCCCAAAUCUGGAAUCUGUAUAUAUUUAUGUGCAUCCAGGAUCAUAUGAAACCAUCCAGGCUUUCUUAAGCGACCGAAAAGACUCCCUAAAAUUAAUUGAGUUAACAUUACAUAGGGGUGUUCCUAUAACAAUCUUGAAUGUAGUGAAAGGUAUGACCAACCUUACAAAAUUCAAAAUAGUGAGAUACAUAGACGAUAACGUUCACCUACUAGGGAAUAUGGAGUGUCUGAAGGAGCUGAAUAUCGAAAAUCUUGCAGAUGAGUACGAACCUUGCGUGAACACAUUUCUAAUUGGUUCUUCAGCGGGGACUUAUCGUAAAGUGACACAGGCCAACGCUAAAUUAGUAAUAGGAAAUAACUUCAAUCAUCCGAUUUGGUCUUACUUGAAACAUUUGAAAUUAACUAAUAGUAAAAUCAACAUGACUGCCUGUUUUGUAUCUCAUUGCCGCGAGUUAAAUGUAAUGAUGUAAACUAAAAUUAUAGACAUAAAUUCAACAAACUUGUGAUAUGAAUUUAUAAAACCU